UAGACGUAGAAUAAGCAAACACACCACACCGUGGUUUAGAGAUACUCAAGUUUAUUGAAACUGAAAAUAGUGAGCGGUGCACAGCAUCGACAAGGGAGGCAACGUGGGAGCGAGUCAAUUAACAAACAAAACAAUUAGGGAAAAGAAAAGAAAAGAGAAACAAUAAUAAGUACAUGAUAUUACACUACUUGACCGUAAGCCCUAAUAAAUCUUAGAAAACAUAACUAGACAGAGUCUGGGUGCAUGAAUGAUUAUAAGACCAAUUAUUUAGUCAAGCAGCCUAUUAGUAUACUUUACUCUCUGUGUUACCUUAGAAUUGACAGAAAUAGUAAAGGAGCCCUUCAAAUUACCAGUUUACUGUGACAGGCCAUUUGCAUACAGCCCCUUGCUUGCAAACAGAGCGCCCUCAUUUGCCCAUCAGUAAGAUAAACAAAGCCACUCUUGCAAUCCACAUUCCUUAAGACCCCACACUGGACCUCAUUCACAACAUAAAGAUUGUACAGUUAACAUCUGUGUCUAUUGCAAUUCUACUAUUAAAGUUUCAUCAAAGUCAGUUGAGUUUCAUCCAUAAAAGUCAUCUUACCUCCACUGGUUAGACAACCAUCUAGGCUAGGGGUUUUUGUAACACCAUUUAAGAACAAGGACACUGAACGGCAUUUUGUCAAGAACAUGUUAUUUCAGUCUGUCACAUUUGGCGUCGUAGACAGGAUGGUGUAAAUUUGCAACCCCUAGCCUAGGGAGGUUACUUCUCAACAACAGCUACCUCUGGAAAAGAAUCGAGAGAUGCCUCUGGAUACAGAAGAAGCAGUGGCUGAGCUCCAAGACGAACUAAAGUCUAUAAAGUCGGCUCUGCUCCAGGAGAAAGAAAAGCAAGCAGAGUUGGAGGCAGCAAAGGCUGCCCUCCAAGGUCAAAGUGUGCUGGUCACCUCUUCCACUGCAGGCCAGAAGCCGAUCUAUGUUGCAGCAGGGAGGCGGCUUGAUAGGUUUCGUGACAAACCUGCGAAACCAGCUGACCCUACUAUCUUGGAAUGGGUCAGCGACGUCCGGGGACAGCUGGCAGCAAGGCAGCUGACUGGAGACAACGCUGCUGCUUUCAUCAUAGACCAUCUUGCUGGCAGAGCCAGGCAGGAGAUCCUUGGAAGAGGGGAUGACGUAAAAAACGACCCGGAGGAGAUCUUCCGGAUCCUGCUGAAGGUGUUUGGAGAGGGCAAUACACUACCUCAGCUCCAGCAGAAGUUCUUUUCGUAUCACCAAGGCCAGUCAGAAGAUCUCCUGAGCUGUUCUCUGGAACUGGUGGAAUUAUUUAAUUCCAGUGCCCGCCUAGACACGUCGUUUGAUGCUGUGCGAACGAAGACCUUGAAGGGAAGGCUGGCGGAAGCCGUUCGAGAUGAGGGUCUCAAAAGGGAGUUGAGGCGACUGAUCAUUGACUCCCCAGAUCUUACCUUCUUCGAGGCCAGAGACAGAGCAAUCGAGUGGCUGGGAAACUGCCAAGAAAAGCCCCAGCGCAAUGUCAAUGUGCAAGAGGUGAAGGCGGCUGAUGACGCAGGAGUCCUAAAAUCCCUCCUCAUAAAGCAGGGAGAGCAGCUACAGAAACAGCAGAAACGGAUAGAUACGCUUCUCCAAGCUAUGACGCAACAACCAGCUCAACGCUGGAGCCAGGGCCCGAGGCGCUGUUUCAAUUGUGGUUCAGCAGGCCACCUGAAGCGGGGCUGCCCCCAUGUUCCCUCAUCUUCAGCUGGCAUGUACUCUCCUUCAGGUGGAGGACCAAGCCAUGCCCCCAACUUUGGCAACAUCCAGCCGCACCAAGUUGCCCCACGGCAGUUUACCCCCCAGCAGUCUACACAGCCACAGUUUGGUUCCCAGCAUCCAGCUUCCAAACCACCACCACCCACCCCCCGACAACCGUUAAACUAGGGAGGCCCGCCAU